AUGUACAGUGAUCGACGUCGUCCCGAAUUCCUUAAUGGCAUGCAUAGUUUUCUCAAUGUGGCUGAGAAAAACAGGCAGAAUGGAUUUAUUUUUUGUCCAUGUAAAAAAUGCCAGAAUAAGAGGAAUUUCCCUAACUCAAGAACCAUACACACCCACCUGUUGCAAGAAGGCUUCAUGCCCAGUUAUUUCUGUUGGACCAAGCACGGAGAAAGAGGGGUUGUAAUGGAAGACAAUGAAGAAGAAGAGGAUAAUGAUAACUAUCCUAUGUUCGGUGAACACGGUGAUACUGAAAUGGGGGAAGACGAGCCUGAACUUGAGGACAUUGUUGAUGAGUCUGAUGAUGAUCUUCGUCAGGUCAUUCGUGAAGAACAGAUAAACUGCGCAAGUGAAAACGAGAGGUUGAAGUUGGAGCGCAUGUUAGAAGAUCACAAAAAAUUGUUGUACCCAAAUUGCAAAGAUGGCCAGAAAAAGCUGGGCACCACCCUGGAAUUGCUGCAAUGGAAGGCAGAGAAUGGAAUAUCUGACAAGGGAUUUGAAAAGCUGCUGAAAAUAAUGAAGAAGAUGCUUCCAAGAGAUAACGUGCUGCCCUGCAGUACGUACGAAGCAAAGAAGGUUGUCUGCCCUCUAGGAUUGGAAGUGCAUAAGAUACAUGCAUGCAUCAAUGACUGCAUCCUCUACCGCGGUCAACACGAGAAUUUAAAUGCCUGCCCGGUAUGCGGUGCAUUUCGGUAUAAGAUCAGGCGAGAUGACCCUGGUGAUGUUGAGGGCGACGAUCGCCCGAGGAAGAGGGUUCCUGCCAAGGUGAUGUGGCAUGCUCCUAUAAUACCACGGUUGAAACGUUUGUUCCGAAACAAAGAGCAUGCCAAGUUGCUGCGAUGGCACAAAGAAGACCGUAAGGAAGAUGAUAUGCUGAGACAACCCGCUGAUGGGUCGCAGUGGAGAAACAUCGACGAUAAGUACGAGGACUUUGCACGUGACGCAAGAAACUUAAGCUUUGGUCUAAGUACAGAUGGACUGAAUCCGUUUGGGGAGCAGAGCCCGUCGCAACCCGGCAACAACAUUGAUGUGUACCUGAGGCCACUGGUUGAUGAAAUUUUAGAGUUGUGGGCUGACGAAGGUGUACGUGUGUGGGACGAGUACAAACAGGAGGAAUUUGACCUACGAGGGUUGCUGUUUGUAACCAUCAAUGAUUGGCCCGCUCUUAGUAACAUCUCAGGACAAUCAAACAAGGGAUACAACGCAUGCACACACUGUUUAGGCGAGACUGAAAGUAUACAUAUAGGCAAGAAUGUGUACCCGGGGCAUCGUCGAUUUCUUCCAGACAGGCAUCCCGUAAGAAAGAAAGGAAAGCAUUUCAAAGGCGAGGUAGAUACACGGAGGAAGCCAACCCUCCCUAAAGGUACUGAUAUAUAUGACAUGGUCAAAGAUAUAAAAGUAAUCUUUGGUAAGGGUCCUGGCACACAAUCUGUUCCGAAUAACGCCGACAACCACAUAGCCAUGUGGAAGAAGAAAUCUAUAUUCUGGGAACUACCCUAUUGGAAAUUCCUAGAGGUUCACGACCUGAUGAAUCGAGGGAAUUUCAAAGGUCCUGCCAGCUACGCUCUUACGAAGGAAGAGAAGGAGAUCUUUUUCCAAGUCCUGAGCAGUAUCAAGGUCCCGUCUGGCUACUCGUCGAACAUAAAAGGAAUACUAAACCUGGAAGAGAAAAAGUUCCAAAACCUAAAGUCUCAUGACUGCCACGUGAUCAUGACCCAGUUACUUCCGAUUGCAUUGAGGGGGCUUCUGCCAGAAAACAUGCGAGUACCCAUUGUGAAGCUAUGUGCAUUCCUCAACGCAAUUUCUCAGAAGGCAAUCGAUCCAGCAACUCUACCAAGUUUACAGAAGGACGUGGUCCAAUGUCUUGUCAGCUUCGAGUUGGUGUUCCCACCAACCUUCUUCAAUAUUAUGACGCACCUCAUAGUUCACCUAGUCCAAGAGAUUUCCGUUCUCGGUCCUGUAUUCUUACACAAUAUGUUCCCCUUUGAGAGGUUCAUGGGAGUCUUGAAGAAUUAUGUUAAAAACCGUGCUAGGCCAGAAGGAAGCAUGGUCAAGGGCUAUGAAACAGAGGAGGUCAUUGAGUUUUGUGUUGACUUUAUUCCUGACCUGAACCCGAUCGGUGUUCCUCAGUCGCGCCAUGAGGGGAGACUGCAUGGAAAAGGCACGCUAGGAAAGAAAUCAACAACAUGUAUGGACGAGCAAUCUUUCACUCAAGCACACUACACAGUUCUAGUUAAUUCCAGCUUGGCGGCUCCAUAUAUCCAGGAACACAAGGAUAUUUUACGGCAACCAUCUUCGACUGUAUUGACCUUUAAAGGGUACGAGAUAAAUGGUAACACAUUUUACACGGCAUACCAAGAUAAAAAGAGCACCAACCAAAACAGUGGCGUCCGGUUUGAUGCAAAAGACGACAACGGGCAAAGGGUCACAUACUAUGGUUACAUAGAGCAGAUAUGGGAACUUGACUACGGACCUUCCUUUAAGGUCCCUUUGUUCUGGUGCAAAUGGUUCAACCUGUCAGGCGUGAAGGUAGACCCAAAGUACGGAAUGACAACAGUGGAUCAGAAGAAUUUUGGGUACGGCAAUGAUCAAUUUGUCCUAGCCAAUGAUGUGGCUCAGGUUUUCUAUGUGAAGGACAUGUCUAGCAGACCGAGAAAAAGAAAAGAUAAGGAAGCGAAUACAUCAGACGAUGAGCCAAGGCGCCACAUAGUUCUUUCAGGGAAAAGAAACAUCGUGGGAGUCGAGGACAAGACAGACAUGUCAGAAGAUUACAAUAAAUUUGAUGAAAUUCCUCCCUUCAAAGUCAAAGAUGAUCCAAGCAUCCCGUUAAAUGAUGAAGAUACUCCAUGGUUACGGGCUUGUACAUCGGCGUUUUCUAGUCCCUUUGCCGAAAAAUUUCGCGCGUCUUCUCUCCUUCCCGGGCGAAGCCCUGCUCCGAUUUUGCCCGACGUCCGACGUCCGCCUCCACGCCGCCGCCGCCGUGCUCGACCUCCGCGCCGCCUCGACCUCGACGUCGCCGCACGCCCCACGCCGUCCGCCGCCCCGACGCCGCCGCACGCCCCACGCCGUCCGCCGCCCCGACGCCGCCUCGACCUCGACGCCGCCGCACGCCCCACGCCGUCCGCCGCCUCCACGCCGCCCUCCUCGCCGUCGUCCGCCUCGCCGCCCCACGCCGUCCGCUGCCCCGACGCCGUCUGCCUCCGCCGCCCCCACGCCGUCGUCCGCCGCCCCGACGCCGGUGGCAAUGAGACCAACCCCAACAACGACACUACCACGAGUAGUGAUAGUGGCACCGGCACCAAGACCGGCGAUGAUGUUGAUGUAUCUAGUGAAGGACCGAAGCCGAAGAGGGCAAGAAAACCAAACGAGCUCGGCACCGGACAAAUUGUGGUCAUGGCGAUGCACCCCACGAAAUUAGAGUCAAUGAUGUCGGAGUCAGUGCGCAAGUGCUAUGGCAAUCAACUAGGAUGCAUCCCGAGGGAAACCACCAACACCAACGAUGAAAAUUUAAAGAAGAUACCACAUAUGGAGCACACACUCAAUGAAACGUGGUCCAAGAUUCAUGCUGACAAUCCGUCACUAAGGAAAGAGGACUUUGAAAAAUUCAAGGAGACUUGCACUACAGAAGAAGCGCAGAAAAAGUCAGAGAAAAUGAAGGAGCUACAGGCAAGGAACACGCCUGCCCACCGCCUGGGAAGCCGUGGUUACAAGGUGGAACAGAAAGAGCAGCACCAAAAGGAAGACGAAAGCAACGAGUCGUCUUAG